CUCGCACGUCUGUGAACAUCGUUUCAUGCUGCAGCUGACAGAUUUCAGUCGUGGGGCCAUUCCUGUGUCUGUCUGCUCGUUCCUGCUGCAAGCCGCCAUUCUGUGGCUUAUUCCAGAGGGGAAUAUGGUUCUUUUACUCCUAUUCUGAAGUGAAGCUGGAAACUGCGACAGUAAAUGUAACCAUCCAGGACUUUGUGGCUGAUGUGGUGUCUGAGCUGUUUUUCCGCAAUGUGGAGCCAGUCUCUAAGGAGACCAUGUUCAUCUUUCCUGUGGACUCUAACACUGUGGUACACAGCUUCUAUGCUACCAUGGGGGACACUCGUAUUGAAGCAAUGCUCUGGGAGAAGGAAGAGGCCCAGCAGCUCUGCAAAGCCACUGCAGGCAUGGAGAAUUUAAGAUACCUGCAGGAUCAGUGGGAUCUUUGGGGUCCUGUGUUCGCUUGUUUCUUGGGGACCCUGCCUCCUAACAGGGAGGUGACCAUCAGCCUGUGCUAUGUCCAGGAGCUGCCACUGCAGCCUGAUGGAGCUGCCCAGUUUUGCUGGCCACACGAGCUGUUGCCCCAAAACAACUACCUCGACUGGAUGUCUUCUGAGGAGGAGAUACCUGAAAACCUGCAUUUCAACAUCUGUCUGAAGUCAGCCCAUGGCGUGUCCCACGUAGCCAUUAACAGCAGCUACACUCCUCUGCAAUACACGGCUCCAGAUCAGACAUCUGCUGAGGUCUCCUUGAAAUCGCCACCCUGGAUGUACAGUGAUCUGAACUUGCUGGUGUAUUACAGAGGGCCUCACACUCUCAGUGCUGUGGUGGAGAGGAGAGAUCCCAAAGCCCCACCUGGCUCUCUGCUGGGAGACCCUGUGGUGAUGGUGACGCUGAUGCCCGACAUUCCUGAGGAGGUGCCCAAUCCAGGCCAGCCUGGGGAAUUCCUCUUUCUCAUGGACUGCAGCCUCUUUCAGGAUGCACAGAACACACUGCUCUUCCUCCUCAAGAGUUUGCCUCUGGGCUGUUACUUCAACAUCUACAGUUUUGGGGCCACUUUCAAAGCCUUCUAUCCGCAGAGUGUGGAAUACACGCAGGAAAGCAUGGACAAUGCAGUGGGGCGCAUCUCUUCCAUCUGCCCUGAUCUGGGGGGCUGUGACCUGUUGGGCCUCCUAAGGUCUAUCUACAGCACUCCUCACCUUCAUGGCCACGCCCGCCAGCUUUUCAUCUUCAUCCAAAGGAAGAUCUCCAGCGAAGAGGAAGCUGUCAUGGCUGAGGUCUACCGUUACCGGGACCACCACCGGUGUUUCUGUUUUCCUACUAACAGUUGUGACAGCUUCAACCUUUCCCAGGCUAUGGCCCUGGAGACAAAAGGUGAAUGUGUGUGCCUCCACUCUAAGAUGGACAUGACAUCCGAGGCAGUGAAAUGCCUGCAGCGGGCUCUGCAACCUAUGGCUAGUGGGAUCUCACUACAUUGGGACCUUCCACCUGGCCUGGAGGUGUCAAUGAUCAGAAAAGCUCCUGAGGUGAUCUUCCAGGGACAUCAGAGCUCCAUCUAUGCCCAGAUCCGUGGGCAAGCACAGGAUGCAGAGGUGGGUGAGGGAUCUGUGACCCUUCAGUACCACGUGGGCAGCCAGUCCUUCGAUUACACACUCAGGUUCUCACUAUCCCCAUCAUCAGACAGCAGGCUGCCUGUGCACCGCAUGGCCAUGAUGCACCUGCUGUGGAAACUGGCCUGGGAGGGGACAAGCAGGGCAGAGAAGGACAUCCAGCACAGCGCAGUUAAGUCCAGCCUCAUCGUGGGGGUUCCAUCCCCCUUCACAUCCAAUGUGGCAGUACGCAUGAAACAGAGGGAUGCCUGGCACUGUGAUUCUUUGCCUCCAGACUCCUCCAUGUUGUUCUCUCCCUCUUGCAACCUGGUUCCCUGCCAGCUGCUCUGGUUGCGAGGCUUCCGACCUGUGUGGUUCAAGUCCACCAAGUUUUGGAUGGUCCAGAAGUGCCAGUUCUGCCUUGAGAUGCUUGGUCACAAAGCCCCUGACACUGAGGCACUCACCCAGCUUUCAGCAUCCUGUAAAGAGCGGGAGCCUUCUCCUGAAGAGCAAGUGAUGGGAGAACCACCAGCAUUUGACACCAGUUGGGACUGGACAAUUUCACCACUGUCAACAAGACUGUGUGACUUUUCCAGGCUCAGGGUAGUGGUGGCACUCCAGAAAGCAAAUGGCUCCUGGGCCCUCACUGCAGCCCUGGCCUCUGCCUUGGGGCUCAGCAAGGCUGAUGUCAAGGGACAAAGGCCCAGUAAGGGUGUGCAGCCAACUGCCUGGGCCACAGUUUUGGCCUUAGUCUGGUUGUACCAGUAUAAAUGGAAGGUAUCUUGGUUGGAGCUUCUGGAGGACAAAGCUUGUAGGUGGCUGCACGACCAAGCUGAGGUCCCGCUGGAUGAAUGUCUGGAGGCAGCAAAUUCCCUGUUAGGCUGCUUUGUGGAGCUCACUGUCUUCAGGAUUGGAACUUACCCCACUACUGGGGGUGGGCAAGAAGCUGGGUGGAAACACAGCCAGGACAGCUGACUCAAACUGGCCAAAGGGAUAUAUCACAUACCAUUAACAUCAUGCCAUUGUGGGAUUGAGUGAGUGAGUGGCUGGGUGGGUGCUUACUUGCUGUCUGGGGCCAACGCACUGCAGCUGGCUUGCUCACAAUUUUGUGCUUUACCAUAACAUAAACAGAGUUUCCACUGGCUUCUGAAAAAUAACCCUAAAUACAUACAUUAAACUUUGAUUCAUUAUUCCACAUUCUGCUUUUCUCUGAGGUUUACCCAAAUAGUCAUCUGCUCAAAAUACCAGAUCUCAGGCAGAAAAAUCCUGUUCAGAUACUACAGAAAAACACCUUCUUCAUGACUCUGUCUCUGUCUUUGUCUGUCUAUCUAUCUCCCUAUCUACCUACCCGCCUAUGUACCUUUCUUUCUGUUUUUUAUAGAAGUGUAAGACCAUUGUUAUUUGGUUUUGCAGGCAUUGAUUCAGUCAUCCUCACAAGCUAGAGGACAGGUUUUCUUUUUUUCUUUAAAGAAGGGUUUGUCAGAUAAAGGGGUGGAUUUCAUUGUAUUGCUGCAGUGCCUACUGCAGGUGCCCAGUGCCAUUUCAGCUGUUCUGAGGUAUCUGAAACAGCUGCCACAUAGGAGGCAGGAUAUAAAGGACUGAUUUUAUGAGGCAACGGCUGAGGAGUGAAUGGAAUGCCAUGUGGCAUGGGAUUCAGUUGCCUAAACAUGGAUGUCUAGUGCCAUUUAUGAUCUUAUAGGAUUUUCAAGUGUAUUGGGUUUACAUGGCAAGGUUUUGGUAGUGGGGAUGCUGCAGGGGUGACCUCUGUGGGAGAAGAUUGCCCCAUGCCAGUUAUAGAUGGUUCCAAAACAGACCCUCUGCUGGCCAAAGCUGAGCCAAUCAGCAAAGCUGGUGGCGUCCCUGUAGAAACAAAUUUAACAAAAGGUAAAAAAUGCCACACAGGCAGAGCAGGAGGGAAAAAAAGAGUGAGAACAGCAGUGCAAACACCAAGGUAAGAGGGGGAGGAGGAGGUAUUUCCCUGCAGCCCAUGGUAGAGCAGAUAUUCAUGCUGCAGCCCAUGGAGAGGACCCACGCUGGAACAUAAGAAAAGGGUGAGGAAGAAGGAGCGCCAGAAACUGUCAUGCACUGAUCAUAGCCCCCUAUCUUCCAUCACCCCUGUACAGAUGGUGGGGGCGGAGUGUAGAGGAAGAGUCAGGAGUGAUGGAGUGAAGUU